AUGCUGUGGCUGCCGGUGCUCCUGUCGAUUCUGCCUUUGGUCGCCUCACUUCUUUCGUUCCAGAGCAGACCUCUCUACGGAUUCAUCAGGUAUAAUACUGAAAAGCUUUUUAGUUGCUAAACUUUCUGGUCCAGAAGAACGUGUUCUAGAAGUUAAUUCACGGUUCAAAGGAUAUUCCAAUACUUGAAAAUUCGUAUGUGUUUGUGUAGAUUGAGCUAAAACUUAUAAACUCUGUAAAUUUAUUCCAAAGGAGAUCAGCGUUCUUAGAGCUUCAGAUUAUUCUGAAAAUUGGCUAUACAUCACCUUUCAAUCCAGCAAUUCAAGACCCCAAGGCUCCUUAAUUCUAAAUCUCAUCCUAGGAAGGACUUUUUGAAGAUCUAGCCGAUUGUGUAAAGUCUAAAGAACCAUAACUUCUAGGUAUCCGUUCUAGGAAAAAUGCGAAAGUCUUGCAGGUAGACGUUCAGAAAAAGAGCUUAAAAGAGGUUAGAAGCAUGCUUUGAAAAUUUUCAAAAAUUCCAGACUCAUAAGUGAAACAACCCCGUCAAGUAUCAAAAGGAGCUCAGUUUCAGUCCGAGCGUAAUGCAGGACCCGUCGCUGAACAUCAUCAAACGCUACGACCGCAACUGUUUCUUCUCGCCAGUCCAGUGCAUGUUCUCCUUCAACGAGGACAAAUAUCCGCUCGUCGUCACUCCCAAGGGCAAGCGCUUCUUCCUUCCAAGGACAUAA